AAAUUACGCAUUGCAAGAAAUCUUGAAGACGCGUGAAAUAAGAUGAAAACAACGACGUUCGAAGUGAUGGACGCGAACUGCAAUGACACAGUGUUCCACUUAAGAAACGCAUGUGAUUACUCACGAAAGUUGCAUACAGCCAUGCAACAGUGCAAGCAAUUAUAUGUAAGUGAACAAGUCAGCAUGUAAGUUCAUAAGUAAGCACUUAAGUGCAUGUAAAUGUGGAAAGAAAGUGCAUUUUGCCUUGAUAACGUAAGGGGCGGCGAAUACACAAACGCCUAUUGAUGAAAUUAAAUUACUUAAAUGCUGCGCGUUGACAAGUGUUUGUAAACUGACGGCAAAUAGACAAACGCACAAUUGUGGAGAGACCGACAGACAGCUUAAUGCGCCAAGACGGCCGAAGCGCGUAACCGCAUUACCGAGUUACCGACUCCCCGCCAACGGACGGCAGACGCAUGGCAAACGCAUCCUAAACAAAUCGUACAUUGACAGACCGAGUCGAAUCGCCAGACAACAGGUUCAGGGAGGAGUAGUCAGUGGGUAAAUGUGGUCAAUAGCGGCAACAUGCCGGAGAGCUGAAUUAUGUAUAUAGGUGCUCGUAAUGGCCGAGUGACAGUGGCGAGCGAAUUACAUUGAACAAAUCGAAGCGUCGCUUCACGUGCUUCACUCGCAGCCGGCUGGCCGUUCGAAUCGCGCCAUGCUCAUUGCAAAUCGAUGAAUGCGAAAGCAGACACAAAAUAAAUAAUUGAGUUUAUGAAUUAAAAGUACAGCGAGGCCGCGCCGGUUGGCAGCGGGCUAAAGCGAGCGGUGGUAAGGUAAUACACGUAAUGAGCGCGAUGAGCGUCACUGUGAGCGCUACACUUACCUACAUACCUGUACGGUGCUGCGGUUGGAGCUGUGGCGGAGAGAAGCGCUUCACAACAGCUGGGGCGCGUGGAAGCCGCAGGCUGCGCGGAUACCGCUAUCGAGGCGGCGAAACAGUCAGUCAACAGACACCAGUCCGCGCACGACGACGACAAUCGAAGUCGAAACCACGCGACGUUACCAAAGUUUUACGUCAGCGCGCGAUCCCGGAAUUCAUACAUGUUACCGAUUUGGAGGUUUCACCUUUUCCUGCGCGCGAAAAAAAACACUUAUAAACCGCCAAUGAAAGUGCAAAAACAAAAGCAAAAGCAAGACAAAAACAAAAAGUAAUGCUGUACAAGCAGAAGAAAGUCAAUAAGUAGCAAUAAACGUGAAAAGUGAAAAGUAAUAAUAUAACGGCUCAUACUUGUAGCAUACAACAAUAGCUCGUCCCAGACGCGUACUACCCGCAGUGACGUACCAAAACAUCAAGUACCCAUUAGUGUUAACUUUUGACCUCAACUGCACAGUCAGCACCUUUAACACUCAUCGUGCUUUCGGCACAAUCCGUCUGGCUGCUGCAUUCGGUUGUUUUGUGUUAUUUAAAUAAAGCGUGAUAGAGAUAGAAUUGUUGUGAAACUUGCUGCUUGCACUUCCUCGCCGCUCAUCGCCGACACACUAGGCUACCGCUGCAGCUGCAACGCCAAUUGCUGUGGAUCGGUGUGGCAAUGUGUGUUGGCUGCCUCAGCCCAUAAGAUCGCUUCGCACGACACGUUGACGUAAGCCAGUAUGUCAUUCUGCAUCAUCUUGUCCAUUCGCUUGAAAAAACUCUCCGAACGCGUUUGACGAGCAACGGCAUUAACGGCUUUAACGCCAACAUUCGUAGCAUCCUGCGCCGUCGUCGUGUGUCAUGGCUGUCACCAUCAUCGGUUGCAACAUCAUCGAGUCGUUGUUGCUGUUGCUGUUAAGUGGCCUGUGUUGCUGGCAGUUGGAGUCGCAGCUACGCGGAUCCUCGUUUAUGGUUGCCGCGUUCAUCAACGUCCGUCAAACGCGCGACAUCAUCAUUACAGAUGCGGUGCAACGCAUACGUCGCGACGGUUAUCCGGUGGAAAAGCAUCACGUGCUCACCAAGGACGGCUAUGCGUUGACAUUGCAUCGCAUACCGCAAUAUAAUACGACGUCGACAACAGGCGCUACUGCUUGCGGCAUAUAUUCGCGACGUCCGGUCGUUUUCUUGUUAGCCGGAAUUUACGCCUCCUCGGACGCUUGGCUACUGAAUGGACGCGAAAACUCAUUACCAUAUCUGCUGUGGCGUCAAGGCUACGACAUUUGGUUAGGCAACAAUCGCGGCAACAUCUACACGCGCCGCAAUGUGUGGUACAAUGCCACGGAGCGUGAGUUCUGGAACUUUAGCUGGCAUGAGAUGAGCAUUUAUGAUAUGCCCGCUAUGGUGGACUACAUCAUGCAAUGCACGGGUGAGGCGAAAAUGCAUUUUGUGGGCAUCUCACAGGGUGGUACCGUGUUUCUGGUGCUGAACUCAAUGUUGCCGCAAUAUAAUGGCGUCUUCAAGACAGCACAUCUGUUGGCGCCGGUGGCGUAUGUGAGCAACACUAAAGGUGGGCUGGCCAAGAUUUUCGGUCCCAUAUUGGGUACACGCAACUAUGUGGCUAAGGUGUUGGAGGGUAUGGAGAUGGUGUCGACAAACAAGUUUGUGAAAAAGUUCCUUUCGUCGCUUUGUUUUGAGAACGAACGACCGAUGGUUUGUGUCAGCCGUCUUUGGCCAGCGGUGGGCUACGACACACAACAUCUAAACAAGACUUUACUACCGGAUAUAAUGGCCAACUUUCCAGUGGGUGGCUCCUUCAAGCAAAUUAUGCAUUACUUUCAGGGUUACGUCUCGACAAAGUUCCGCCAAUACGACUAUGGUCCGGAGAAGAAUUGGUUGAUGUACAAUCAAUUAGAGCCGCCCGACUACAAGCUGGAGCUAGUCACAGCGCCGGUAACAAUUUUCUACGCCGAGAACGAUUACAUCGUGUCCGUGGAGGAUAUUUGGCGACUGCUAAUGCGUUUGCGCAACCUACAGGCCGUCUACAAGAUUCCACGCCGGCGCUGGAAUCAUUUCGACUUCAUUUGUGGUCUGGGCGUGCGUGAAUUUAUUUUCGAUAAAAUUAUCAGAGCAGCAAACUACUACGAAUAUACAUAUAGUUGAUGAUAAUGUUUCGAUUUUCUUUUCAAAAGUAUUUUAGUUUUUAAACUUUAAUUGUGAUUUAUAGGAAAAAGUAGGACUUUUAAGAGCGAGUUUAUUAUUUGAUCCAUACUUGUUAAGUUAAAGGUUGCCAUAACUAAGUGACGUAUAUUUUUUAGAAUAACUGUUAUCUGGGUAUUAUGGCAUUUGUACGUAUUAUACAAAAUCUAAGAAUAAACUAUUUAAUUAUAAUAAGCAAAAAUCCUUAAAA